UAAUAAUAACACCGAGAGAGAGAGAGAGAGAGAGUGAAGUGAGAGGCAAAGAGUAACAUGAUGAAGGCAACCCUCUGCAAUUCUUUCCUCGUCUCUCCAUCUAUUUUCUCUAAAACAGUCCCUUCAACUUCCCUCUCCCAUAAAUCUCAUUUCAGUCUCAAGAAGCCCAACCGUUUCUCUUGUCGAUCUCUCGUUAUCGAGACCGUAGAAAGCGAUGUUGCAGAAGAAUCCGAAACAAAAUCCGUUUUUCGUCGCUUGAUUCUGCUUCGUCAUGCCAAGAGCUCUUGGGAUGAUCGUUCAUUACGAGAUCAUGAUCGCCCUCUAAGUAAAUCUGGACAUGCUGAUGCUAUUAGUGUUUCUUACAAGCUUCAACAGCUAGGUUGGGUACCUGAACUUAUCUUAUCUAGUGAUGCCACUCGAACAAGAGAAACACUUAGGAUUAUGCAGGAACAAGUGCGAGGCUUUUUAGAAGCUGAGGUGCAUUUUAUUUCAAGCUUCUAUUCCAUUGCAGCCAUGGAUGGGCAAACAGCUGAGCACCUUCAAAAAGCUAUCUGUGAAUAUUCAAGGGAUGAGAUACUUACAGUGAUGUGUAUGGGACAUAACAGGGGAUGGGAGGAGGCAGCUUCUGUUUUUUCUGGCACUUCAGUAGAGUUGAAGACAUGCAAUGCUGCUUUGCUUGAAGCCACUGGGAAGUCCUGGGAUGAGGCAUUUUCUGUGGCAGGACUUGGUGGGUGGAAGCUUCAUGGAAUUGUGAAGCCUAAUACAAACUUAAUAUCUUGGAAGAAGGAAGCGAAGUAGAAUAAUGGAAGAUUUUUAUCUCUUACGCAAUUGCCCUGUACUUUGCCCAAUAAAGGCUUGUUUUGGCACUUGGCAGUUGCCCAUUGUACAUAAAAAAAAAAAAAGGCAAAAGGACUCGAUGGAUCUCAGCUUGGAAAUUCUUCAAAGAUUUAGCAUUAUCACUUUUUAAGCCUACGUGGAUUGUCUUACAGAUCACAAUCGGUAAACCGGACCCCAAUUAAUAGACUGUUAAAAAGGC